AUGACGGCUCGCAAGAACUCUGCCGCUCUUUGGGGCUUCACCCAUUCCUCCUACGAACAAUCGAGCGAUGCCGCCGCAAACAGCAACUUCGCACAGCUGAACAUCCUGCAGCAGAUGAAGAACCACGCCGAAGCUGCCCGAAAAGACCGACUCGCAACCGAAGCUGCUUUGAAGAAGACGCUCAAGCUCAGCGAGCAAGCCGCCGUGGACAGAAAAGUCGCGGAGGAAAUCUGGCAGAAGAUACAAUACCACGAAGGCUACACCGCCGCGUGCGCAGACCGAGCAGAGUACUCGCUGCAGGGAGCGGAAUACCACGGUGGCCAAGUCUCUCAUAUGAGCGCGGGUAUUGCAGGACAGCUGAUGGCCUCGAGCUCCAACGCCGAUAGCGCGAGGAGUGCUGCCGCUGCCGCUCAGCGGUCCUCUACCAGCGCAGCGCGGUCUGCUGCUGAGGCCGCUCAGUCUGCAGCUACUACUAUCAAAAUGCUGGAGGGAAGCUAUUGA